CUAGCCGCCCAGUCUCUGUCUCCAACACGUCCCUCACUUCCCAACAGUUUCCUCUUCCAAUCCCGCCUUGCCGGGGUCUGAACCCGCGAACAGGGCUCUUGCCCGCACUGCUUCUGACUGCGACCUGAGGGCGAUGCUGCCUGCCCUGUGAAUGGCGGGUCUUGUGCGAAUGUCUCACUGCACAGACACACUGGGUGUCGCCCACACCUGGCGGUCCAUUCCUGGCCUCUAAUCCCAGGACUCAGGAGGCGGAGGCAGGAGGGCUGCAAGUUCAAAGCUGGCCUGAACUACAUAGUGAGAGACUGUGUCAGAAAAUAAGUUGAGAAAGAGGGAAGGAGGGGGGAAGACAAGAAAGAAACAGAAAAACAGAAACAGACCAAGGAAGGAAGAGGGAGGGGUAACCGCAUCUGAACGGAACUUGCCAGGUCUCUAUGGAGAUGUGUGUGCCAGGCCGCAGCUUUGUCUUUCGCAGUGACCUGCAUGAACGGAGGGUCCUGGACAGGUCAGUUCUGCAUCUGCCCCAACGGCUUCACGGGGGAUCGCUGUCAGGACGUAGGCUCCGUGGUCCACUGCCUGAACGGAGGCUCGUGGGAUGGACUCAAAUGCCAGUGCACCAAGUUCUUCUACGGGCCGCAGUGUGAGGAAGUGGUGGACUCUGUAGCGGUAACAGAGCCGACAGUUACUGCGUCCGUGGGAGUGAUCGUGACGGUAACCAGUCAAGACUACAGUGAUGACCUAAAGAACACAAGCUCGGAAGAAUUCAGUAAAUUCAAUAAGACAUUCACAGAGCAGAUGGCAAAGAUUUACGCUGGUAUCCCGGAGUAUGAGGGGGUUGUCAUCAAAAGUCUGAGCAAAGGCAGUAUCGUGGUGGAUUAUGACGUCAUCCUGAAGGCCCCGUAUACCCCAGAGUACGAAAACACAUUAGAUAACAUCGUCAAAAACCUGGAGACAACAAUCAAGAAUGCGACGGAAAAUUUUGUAGAAGAUGCCAAUAAGAACUGUCCAGAGUUACUGUGUUUCAACUCAACUGCCACCCGGGUGCAAGAGACUGCCACAGUCAGCUACAAUCCUGAGGAGGUAUGCAGGGAUGGCGAGGAAUUUGCCGAGUACAUCACCGUGGAGCAGAAGAACGGCCAGUGGUACUGCGUCACGCCCUGCUCAGAAGGCUACAGAGUCUCCAAGAACUGCAGCUACUACGGCAAAUGUCAGCUGCAGCGGAGCGGCCCCCAGUGCCUCUGCAUGAGCACAGAUACUCACUGGUACAGCGGGGAAACCUGUGACUGGGGCAUCCAGAAAAGCCUGGUGUACGGGCUCGUGGGAGCCGGGGUGGCCGUGCUCUUGCUGCUCCUCGCCAUCCUCUUCGUGUUCUCCGUCCGCUUCAGAAGGGAGGCGCAGAGGCAAAGGUCCAAAGUGAAUGAGAUGUACAAGUGGGGUGAAGAGGACGGCAGAGGAACGCCCGGAACCUUCCAUAACAUUGGAUUUGACCACAACGAAGAACGAGAGAACUACAUCCCCUUGGACUCCGUGUACAGCAACUUCCAGCCUUCCCUAAGCCACAUAAACCCUGAAAACAAGAUCCAGAUUCAGAGGCCGCAGGUAGUCAUGACAUCAUUGUAAACGCUAACACAAGGCGGCUUUGCACGAACCUGUGGAGCUGAGGACCGAGAAGAGGCCUGCUUGGCCCGGCAUGGUGGAGCCCACCCUACACUGAGAACUCCCCAUGGAGACUGAUUGGGAACUGGACCCAGAGAGACGGCGCUGAAAGCUCAGGGCGCGUGGAAACUGCAGUGGCCGUGUUAUGACGGCAGGCGAUGCUUCCUGGAACCCCACGCCCAGAGGCCACCCACCCCCACCGCCAGGCACACAUUCAGCACCGAGGACAGUGCCCCAUCCGCCGCCAUUGAUGAUGGUUUUAACAUUGGAUUGCAUUUUUACCAUCAGCAAAACAGGCUUCUAAGAAAGAUUACCUCCCGUCCUCAUGACAAGCACUGUUUUUUAACAUAGAUCAUCUGCCUUUACAAGGUCAUGCUUAGUUUUAAGUUUCUCUUUGAGAUUGGGUAUGGUUAAGGCUUUUAUUUUGUU